AUAUCUGGAGAUAAAUUAAAGAUCAGACAUAAAUAUAUGGAAAUAAAUUAAAGUUCUGACGUCGAGUUCCUGAAAAUUUCACGAAAUAUUUAAAAAAAUAAUCACUAUUUGCAAUAUUUACACAAAAUUAUACGAGCGCAUCACGAAGGCCUAUAACUUCAACAAAACGAUGUACAAUUUAAAAGAGGUUGCGUGCAAUUCACCGCAAUCUGCUAAUACAAAUGUUUCCACGAAGGACAAGGGAACCUGUAUUAACUCUUCAGGUGAUACAAACAGCGUUAGAAAGACGAUAUCUGUUGAGACCGAGUGUGUGGACACCCCACAACACCUUCCUGAUGGACACUCCCAACAGAACAUUCUUCGGACUGACACCAAGCCUGUCAUAGCCUCUCAAGUAAUUGCAUCACUGGUUAUGGCACUCGUGGAAGGAGGGAGUGGCAUUGUAAUGGCUUUCUCUGGCAUCACGCUGCUGCAACUCACCGACCAACAGACAAACGAUCUCUUCUUAAACCAGUCACAAGCAGCAUUAUUUGGAAGCCUGGUUCAUCUGGGAGGUGCUCUUGGAAGCUGUGUGAGUGGACCACUACUAGUGAAGCUUGGCCGACGAUUAACACUCCUAGUGACCCUGCCCAUUACUUUAGCUUCCUGGCUCACCCUCGCUCUUUCGCCAACCGUCUGGCUGCUUUUAACUAGCCGCGCCAUUCUAGGUAUCACCAUAGGCAUCAUGUUUACUGCUACAUUUCUAUAUACCAUCGAAAUCGCUCAUAAGAAUAUACGUGGAAUUCUUUCUGGAAUCCUUACCUUAACUAGGCAAUUGGGCUUUAUAUUGGUGUCUGCUCUAGGAGUUUCUAAGCUCGACUGGCGACAAAUGAGUUUCGUUUCUGGUGGAAUGACAACAUUUCCUUUGUUUUGCCUCUUGUUCCUGCCUAACUCUCCUCGUUGGCUCGUCACUCAUGGUCGUCUUAGUGAAGCUCACAAAUCUCUUGUUUUCUUCAGAGGAAAACAUUGUAACUGCGAGCCAGAAUUACUGGAUAUAACACAACAAAUUAGCAAUGUAAGUAGAGAAGUAGAUAAUUCAUGGCAACAAGUACGGCUGUUAUUUGAGCCAUCAACAGGACGUGUAUUCUUCUUAUUGACCUUUUUAACAAUUUUACACACUAUGAAUGGGUUUUUCGCCAUAUCGACAUAUUUGAUGCCCAUUUUCAAAGCAGUGGAGGCCAGUCUGGAUCCAUACACCAGCGCAUAAUAUUUAACUUUGCUAAGGCGUUUGGAACUUUAGUUUAUCUUUGUCUUGUUGACCGUCUGGGACGCAAACCAUUGAUCUUAGUUUCAUAUUCUUUGUGUUCACUGUGUAUGGUUAUUUAUGGCAUAUACUUUUACAUGCAUAAUACUCACGAGACAGGUGAUGCUAGUAGCA